AGACGCAGAGACUGAUGCUAUUUUUCGGUCGAAUAGAUAUACUUGUACUUGAGAAGGCAUAAAAAGCAGAACAAGGUCACUGGAGCCCAACAAAAGCUUGGGACCAAAAACUGCCUGAGCCACAAGAUACAAAAGAAAGAGCAAACGAAGGUGGAAAGGUGGUAGAGAUACAUCAACAAAAUCAUCUUAAUUUUUACGGGUUGAUGAUGGAGGAAUUUUCCGAAGAGCUUGAGCCGUUAUUCGAUUACAGACGUGUUCAGCCUCUCAAUGUCGUUUGCCUCGAUGACGAUGAUUUAGAUGCUCCCUCAGCUUCUCCGAAAAGGAGGAAGAUUUCCGAUUCUGCGGUUGAAAAGGUUGAUGACACUGCGAAGGCAGUAAGUGUUAUUGAUUGUGGUGAUAAGGAAGAGGAGGAUUGGUUACCUCCUCCGCCCAAGGUUUCCCUUGACGCAAAGCUGCGGGGUGAGGAUUCAACCUUAAGGGAGUUGAGGUUAAAGAAGCAAGAGCUGGCAUCACUUGCUCAAUCAGCUGAAAACGUGAUGCGAGCUGUAGAGGAGUCUGUGAAAAGAGAACUUAGUGAUUCAUUGGAGGCUGUUGCCGAAAAACCCUCAAAGCCCCGUUGUGAAAGAAACAAAAUUGUUUUAUCUAUUCAAGACAAAGAUGGAGCUAAGCAAUUUCGUAUUUAUGUGGACGACAAGUUUGAGCGGCUCUUCAAAAUGUAUGCAGAUAAAGCUAAGCUUGACCUUAAGAGUUUGGUGUUUUGUUUUGAUGGGGACAAAAUAGGUCCAGCUGCUACACCUGAUGCCCUUGGCAUGGAGGACAAUGACAUCAUUGAAGUGCGUGUUACCUCGAGCUGACAUGGUUUUUUUUCAACUAAGGCACUAAAACCACCAACUUGACGACUCUAUUGUGGGGACAAGAAGCACCUUGAUGGUUGAUCUUUUCGUAUAAUUUUGUAGUUUGUGCAGUACCUGCUCUCUAACUGUAUAGUGUUAUUUUGAAAUGAUUUAGGAACAAGUGUAAGCUUAUAAGUACAUAGCUUGGAGAAAGGAAACACUCCUCGCUUGUUUUGUGGACGUGAACAGUGGACCUAAUUGAAUUUGAGUGUGCCUAAAACUUGUUUUUCAUUAAGCAGCA